UAGGGGCUGGGAUUCCAAGGGGCAGUUAGGGGCAGGGGUCCCGAGAGAGGGGUAUUAGGGGACAAGGAUCAGUGAUGUUAGGGGGUGCGGGCCUCAGGGGGCAGUUGGGGCAGGGGUCUGUGUAGGGGCAAUCAGCGGCCAUGGGCCGGGAUUCAAAGGGCUUUGGACUGCCCCCAGAGUGCCAUGUGCGGGGGAGAAGCCGGAGUUGCGAGGGGCGGAAGGUCAGUGGGACGAGGCAGGGGGUUGAAUUGUCUCUGUGCAGCCAGGAAAUUCCCCAGGGGGAAAGUGGUGGAUGGGGGAAUGGGGGGGAGUUAAUUGAAUCCUGUCCCUGUUUGUGCCACUUGCCUCUCACCCCCGAUACAAAUGCAUGUUUGGGGCUGUUUCCCAUGUUCCUCAAUCCAAGCAACUUCUCCUUUCUUGGAGGAAACCUGUUGCCCUGAAUCAUUCUCCAUCCUGGAGGCUGCAGGGGAUUAAAUUUCCUGGUGUUGAUCUUUCCCCUCUCCUUUGAGAACCAUUUCUUCCUCCCUUUACUUGUAUUAAAAUGUUUGCUGAUGAAAGAGACCAGCCACAUCUUUAAUACACAUCAAAGCCAGAGGCCUCCCUCUGUUUGGGGAUCAGUGGUUCCUAGCUGGUAACAGCAGGGUUGAUUGGACCCUUUUCUUUUCUCCAGCUGGCACAGAAUGAGGUCAUCGCUCUGCUUGCAGCGGGGUCCGGAAGUAUCCCAAACCCCAUGACAAAGGGUCUGUGUGAGGGGUUGAUUCCCCCUGUGCUAAGAUGUAGCCACCUCUAAGGUGGAUCCAUGGUGACCAUUAUUUGCUAGUGACAGGCCACGUACAUUUCUUACCUUUCUUUCCUUCCAGGCCUUCCAUUGUCCUGUUAAAGAGGCAUCCCCCAGGGCUCCCUCUGCCUGUGUGACUGGCCAGCAGGGGGUGGUAUUAACUUUCUAUCUACUUCUCACACUCGGUGAAGUAACACUUGCACAGGCUGCGGAAUAAUGUCCAUGUUUCACUCCAGUUCAUCCCGUCCUCUUGUUGGACACGGGAGAGAAAUGGCUGCAGAGGAGCCAGUUCAGGACCUUCAGGUUUCAAAAGACACAUCUCCUGUCAGGACUCCAUGCCACACUCAGAUGGCCACUCUCAAUGUGUGAAGUGCCUCGGGGACACCAACAUCCCCGCAAAGUGCUUCCAUUGUGCGAGCCUCAAGUCAAGAGCUCGUCGUGACAGGGAUAUGCGCCUCAAGAUCAUCAUGAUGGAAAAAUCCCUGCAGCCGCUGUCGGAGACGGGAAAGGUAGAACCUGCUCCCACACGCUCCCCAGCCAGAUCGGAACUGGUGAGAAGCAUUGCUUCACCCUCCCUGGAGUGGAGACAAGAAGUUCAACAGUCUCACAGACGAGACUCUAACAAGGGUAGGGGGUCUCUGGUGAGAUCCCUAACCCCUGUGCUGACAGCCCGAAAGACAGCUGUUUCAGCCUCUCCUAAUGCCUCAGGAACCACUCUGGCAGAGCUUAGAGGCAGGGAGCAGACCUCCCGCGCGGGGAAGGCAUCUACUGACUCGGUCCCCUCAGCGCUGCAAACGACUGCGGCGCGGACAACUCACUCCUCUUCGGCACCGAGGAAGGCUACAGCACCGGCACCACGUUCCUCCUCAGCACCGACAACGGCCGCGGUGCCGGCAGCGCUUUCAGCUCAGACACCCAGAAUGGCCACGGCACUUACAGCCUGGUCAGUUUCAGCGCUAAAAGUGGCCGCGGUGCCCCCAGCGCGCUCUGCCUCAGCGAUAAAAAUAGCUGCGGUGCCAACAGUGCUAUCAUCCUCAGCACCGCGAAGAGGGUCAGCACUCAGCCACUCAUCUGCCCGCACACCAGCAGCAGACCCCCUGCAGGGCACCUCUAGGUUCAACACAGCAGGACACUCUCUGCCACUCUCUCCUACUAAAGAACUAGUGCAGAGAGCAGACAUAGAUCAGCCUAGAGACCAGGAACAACAGCUUCUCACUCAAAGUGACCUUCUAGUGCCGCCUGAGCCUCACUCUCCACUCCCAGACACAGAGGACUCCUUUCUUGACUUGCCACUUUCUCCACCUGAACUGGCUUUCACCGAUGGUGACCUUGAGCUACAGCAGCAAGCGGAGUUCUCCCCUCCUGCUUCUCCUCCACAGGUACCUUUACCACCUCAGGUCACAGCUCAAGCCCAACAGCCUCAGUUUCCCUACGUCGCCCCCCCAUGGGCGGUGCCUGGGUUCUCCUACCCCAUGCCUUGGCCUCAGUGAUACCCGUGGCAGAAUCCUCCUACCAAUCAUCUUCCUUCGGUGCCUCAAUCUCCUCCUCCAUCCACUUCCAGGGUGCCUGAGCCCCCUCCAGAGUCCGGGAGCUAAGCACCAUAUCCUGACUUGCCUAACCCUAACUCUCCAUUAGCCUCAGAUGAAGCCAUCUUCCCUCCACCAUCCGUGGACGACUGCAAACAAUUUCAAGAGCUUUUCAGGAGAGUUGCAAUCAGUCAGGAUAUCCCCUUAGAAGAGGUUCAGGAGAAUCAGCACAAACUCCUCAAAAUUCUUCAACCGUCUGCACCCUCAAAAAUCGCGCUCCCUAUAAAUGAAGCACUUGUGGAGCCAGCUGACACCCUCUGGCAAACCCCUGGUUCUCUAGUACCAACUUGUAAGAAGAUUGAACGUAAAUACUACAUUCCUGCAAAGGACACAGACUUCUUGUUUUCUCAUCUACCACUGAACUCUCUUGUCAUUGAUGCAGUUACACAGCGAACUAACAGUCACAAUAUCGACCAACCCCACAAGACAAGGACAUUAGACGCCUUGCUGUCCUGGGCCGCAAGGUUUAUACAUCCUCUACACUACAGUUCAGGAUUGCAAACUAUUCUGCUCUCCUCGCCAGCUAUGAUUUUGAUAAUUAUAAUAAGCUUCUCGAAUUUGCCUCAUACAUCCCAGAGGACAGAAGAGCAGACUUCAGAUCAAUCCUGUCUAAGGGACAACUAAUCUCCAGAACGGCCCUACAAGCGUCCCUAAACACGGAGGACAUAGCAGCCUGUACCACUGCAACUACUGUGGUUAUGUGCAGAUUCUCAUGGCUUUCUGCGUCAGGCAUUCCUAAAGAGCUCCAGACCAAAGUGGAGGACCUGCCCUUUGAUAAGGACAAACUCUUUUAAAAAAAAACUGAUGAACUCCUCUACACCAUGAAAGAUUCGAGAGUGACACUGCGCACCCUGGGCAUUCACCCAUCACUUCCCAGGAGACAACGAUGCCAACCAUACCAAAGACCACGCACACAUCAGUACUAUUGCCCUCAAUCCAUACCAUAUGACGCAAGUAGGAAUCGUACUAGACCUUCCAAACGCAGACAAAAUCAAAAUCAAGCCACCACCUUCCGUCCACCAGGCAAUAAACAACAGUUUUGAAGCUUUGGUCGAGGGUCUGCAUGGCCACCCCUUGAUUCCACCUCUUACUUGUCCAUUUGGCCACCGCCUCCAGUAUUUCCAACAUGCUUGACAGCGUAUUACACAGGACCAUUGGAUCCUUGAAAUAGUUCGGACCGGUUACUCCAUCCCGUUCAUAUCCUACCCUCCUACCCUUUCCCCUUCCCCAUCCCUCUUCAGGGACCCCUCUCACAAACAGUUACUUCGCACAGAAGUGGCACAC